CGUCAUUUCCCUGUUGCACUUGUCGCCAUCUUGCUGUUAAGGAUUAUUUGAACUUGCAAAGGACUUUCUUUAAAAAUCUCAUCCAACAGAAGGCUCAAACGAUGGGAUGCGAUGGCGGUACGAUUCCCAGGAGAGAUGAACUCGUUAGGAUGAAGAAAAAGCCUGAGCAAGUUGAGAAGAAUUAUGAAUUAAACGCAAAAUGGUUCCAUUGUGCUCUGAGUCAGGCCGAGUUACGGGAACCAGUUGUAUGUUGUGAACUGGGAAACUUGUACAACAAAGAAGCGGUGCUGGAAUAUCUGAUCGACAAAUCAUCUGUAACUUCAGAUGUCGCCAGCCACAUUAGGAGUCUGAAGGACGUAAAAGAGCUAAACCUCACUCACAACCCAGCCUUCGAACAGAAGUCCACGGAACAAGCCGAUAGCUACUUAGAUUUUCAAGCAUCACGUUUUAUCUGUCCUGUCGUUGGUAUCGAGAUGAACGGGAGAUACAAGUUUUGCUUUCUGUGGAAGUGUGGCUGUGUGUUCUCCGAGCGAGCCCUGAAGGAGGUCCCGUCUACUGUUUGCAACAAGUGUGGAAAAGCUUCCUCUGAUGACGAUAUUGUUGUUAUCAACGGUAGUGAAGAUGAGGUUAGUGGUAUGAGGGCGAAAAUGGAGGAAAAGCGCCGAAAGGCGAAAUUGGAGAAGAAAGCAAAGAAGACAAAGAUCUCCGAGACCACAACUUCGGCAAAUGAAGAAUCUUCAGGGUCCAGUGUGAAUGGUGAGAGUCAAAAAGAUGGCCCAGGAAAGCCAGCAAAGAGAGCUAAAACCGAGCAUGAGCCCUCAUCGUCAACUGACUGGAAAACUAAGGGGCCGAAGCUCAAUGGGGCAUCUUUGUCAAAGGGAAAGCUUCCUGAACUGUCAAAACAUAAGACUGUGGCUGAAGACCCGAAGGCAAGCAAAGUUUUUAAAUCUCUCUUUGCUUCGAGCAACAAGGACCGACCUAAACACCUACAGUCAAACUGGGUGACUUAUCAUUCCUAUCAUAUUUAGUUAUGUGCAUCUUGUUCACUUGCCAAACAGCAUGAAGUUAAGUCUAUAUUUGCAUGUAAUUUUUUUCCUAUCAGUAUGGAAUCAACUCUACAGCAGUAUUUAGUAAACCCCAUGUAGACUUGGCUAUUCAUUAAUCAAGCCUUUCAUUUUUUCUCUUCAUGAUCUUAUUUUAUGAAACAACAUACAAUUUAGUGACCUUAAGAAGGCAUGAAGGGUCUAAUACUCUAAGCCACUGAAAUGUUUCUCCUUUAGCUUUGCUAUUUCCUCAGCUAAGUAAGGUUUGAUUUCCCAGUUUAAGGUACAUGUACCAUCAGAGCCAUCUAUAAGAGCCAGCAGCUAGCCAAAACCACUGCUUAGUUUGCAAUCCUUAUGUGGUUACUUUCACCACAUAUUACCAUAUUUACUGAUGAGAAGUAGUACAAUUGUUGAAACACCUUAAAAGGAAUUUGUACAUAAGCCAUUUCCCAGUUAGUCAUGGAAUUGAAUGUGUUAUUUACUAGCAACAGCUUCUUAACAGGCCAUCAAUUCCACUUUCAGAAUUUGCUCUAAGGUUUCUUCAAACUUCAUGGGAUGCCUGUGACAUUUUCACCUGCAGUUAAUUGAUUGUAACAACAUAGUGUAACUGAUAACCUGGUUACCUACUAUUUGUCCUCUACACUUCAAUCUAAUAGACAACCCUGUUUAAAGAUGAUGCAACCACAAAAGAAUAAGUUUGCAAUAAUUUUAGAAUUACUUUGUAAGUAGAAAUGUUUGGCCAGUUACAUUCACUAACCUAACCUCACAGAGCUGACUGGUUAUGUUCCUUAGUAAGUGUAAUCAAUGAGGGGG